AUGAGAUCAGGCCUUCAAUCGCCAGGCAGGUCUUUAAAAUGGACAAGCCUGGCCAUCUCUCAUUCAAGGUUGGCGCUUCAACAGAUAAACCAGAGACUUUUCAACCCAAGCAAUUUCUUGUCAUGGGUAACUCAGCUUCCACUGGCGUCUUCCUUCCUCAUACCAGGAAACUGUCCUGGGGGCGCCAGAAGGAGGAAACAGUAAAGCUGGAAGACUUCUUGACACAACGCGAGGAGAAUCGAUGGCGAGUUAAAGGAAAGCAAAGUUUAUCUGUUAAAAUGGUCCACCCCACGCGCAGAAUCCGUUAUGUGAACCUGGGUCUCCAAGGAAGUGACAGCUUUUAUCCAAACAGGGGUGAAAUGCUGAACCCUGCUUAUGUUGGCGAUCAAGGUCCACAAAUGACUGACAUCACUGUGAACAAUCAAUCUACAAUUCAGAAAUAAGAUCCUGUCAGUUGGACUGUUUGCAGGAGCAACUGCAGAAAGCCUCAUUGAUGCCACUGCAACAGGAGAGGUCUGGCAUAGAGGGCCAAUUUUUAUUUUUUACCACAACAUAUGAACAGGAAGUGAGACAAAAUUUCAAAUGAGAAUGGUUCCUUUUUGUGUGAAAUGGAAAAAAAAGAGAACAUGUGUUGUUUUGUGUACAUUUGGUGUGAUCUAGUCAAACCAAAAACUGGCUGUGGUAUAGCUAACAUAAAAAUAACACAUAUAGUGUCAGAUGAAAAAAAAGAAAUUUGAGCAAUUAUCACACAUGCAACGCCUCAUGUGGUAUGUGAAGGCUGAAUGAUCAAAGGAAAUCCUGUGUUAACAUCUCUGCAUCUGUGAAACACAUGGUGUGAGGUCUCACCCCGAGAGGACGAGAUGGACUCUCUCAAGUGGACUCUGUUUUUUGUGUGCCUUUGCUUUAAAGUUUCUCAAACUGAAGGCUCAUCUUGGACAAUUAAGGUGCCGUCCUCAGUAAAAGGUCUCCUUGAAUCCUGUGUGGUGAUCCCCUGCUCGUUCAACUACCCAGAACCAAACAAGGGGGUCAAGAAAUUCACUGGGAUGUGGUACAAGGGGACACAUGAGUUCAUCUAUCACCCAGACAAGUCAAAAAUGGAGCAGGAGUAUCAGAGUAGGACAGAGCUGCUGGGAAACAUCGGACAGAAGAACUGUUCACUGAAGAUUGAUCGCCUUCAACAAAGUGACCGAGGGCCAUUUCAUUUCAGGAUCGAAAUGGAAGGCUAUGAAAAGUAUUCUUACAAAGAUAAUGCAGUUACCAUUACAAUGAGUGAACCAAGUCCCAUCCAGUUCUCUAUAAAAGAGAAGAUAGUGGAAGGUGAUAAGGUGUUUGCAUCCUGCUCAGUGUCUCAUUCCUGCCCCACCUCUCCUCCUGUCUUCACCUGGAGUCACAUUGGAGAGAUACAUUUCCAAGCAGAGCGGCUUGACAAUGGCCAGUGGACAGCAAAAUCUACCCUGAAUUUUCAAGCUACCAGCGCUGAUCACAACAAGUCUUUACAGUGCACUGUAACAUACAAUGGAGGGCAGCAGAACAAGAAAUCCAGAGACCUCAAAGUAAAUUAUGCCCCAGUAAAUGUGACGAUUGAGCACAAGUCAGAUGUAAAGGAGGGAGAAGAUGUGCAGCUGCGAUGCUCCAGUGAUGCUCACCCCCGUGCCAGCAGCUAUCAGUGGCAUAAUGAAACUGGUGCUCAGCUGCAUCAAGGAAACAUCUACAUGCUGCGAAACGUCUCUAGACACACAGGAGCUCUGUACUGUACUGUCAUCAAUACAGUAGGACGAGCCAAUUCAAACCCUGUGCAGCUUAAUGUGUUAUUUGCCCCUGAGAUCAAGACGGCUUCUUCCUGCUCUUCAGAGGAAGAUAUGGUAAAGUGUGUGUGCGUUGUGGAGUCCAAGCCUCCCAGCAUGGUCUAUUUUUUGCUUUCUGACAAAGUCUUGCCAAGGACCAAGGUAGAGAAACAUGGCUUUGUUACCAUUGGGACUCUGCGGGCAAAUUUCGGAUCUUCUGAACCUGUCUAUUGUCUGGCAAACAAUACCCUGGGCAAUGCCAACCUCACACUCCCUUUACCUAAAAGUAAGAUGCUGAAUCUUUAUAUUAUCAUUGCUUCUGGAGCAGGCGGGAUUUUGGUGAUGCUUUUAAUAACAGUAAUAGUUGUUAAAAAAUGCAGGGGGAGGUCUAAGGAUGCACCAACACCUCGCAUGAGCUCACAGAAAACAGAUAAAGAUGUGGUGCUCUCUCAGUAUGCUGCAACAAAAAGAAUAGAAAGGCCAUAUGAGGAUGUACAGUGCUCUGGCACUUACGUCGAUGAUCAUGUAUAUGGCAACAUGGAGACUGACUGCGAUGAAGCAGUGUAUGCCAACGUGUAACAUUGUUGAACUCAUUUGAGGAACAGCGCCAUCUGAUGUGGAUCAAGAAGUUGU